GUCUGGGGCCCCGAGGACGAGGACGAGUCAUAAUGCGCGUCACGACAUCACACGAGUACUUUUUCUAUCCGCACUUUUCAGUUUCUCGCAUUGUACUGUACACACAUACCAUGUCCCCGAGCAUUCCUUCACGUAGAGACAGUCUUCGUCUUUUUUUCCUACAUGCAAUGGAUGUCUUUGGAUAGUCGGAUAUCCGAGGUAUGUGAUUGGUGAUCAUGAGCUCAGACUCGCGCCCAGGCUCUGGCCACACUUCGGAGUAAACAUAACCAAAUGCAGCAAGGCCUGUGCUUUCCGUCGCUCAACGACCCAUACCACGACUACCACAUACUUAUACCCCUUCAUCCGUCUGGCGACUCGUUCUUUCGACAUCUAUAAUCUGCUACGCCUACUACUACUGCUUUACUGGAAACUACAUCUGCCAUGACCUCCUUUGCUGCUCUUAUGGCGCUUAGUGCCACACAAACACGAGAGUCUGAAGCACAAGUCCAGUCCCAGCUCGCAGACCGGAAGCGACGGGAAACACAGAAGCGCAAGGAGCUCGAGGAGAAGGAGCGCAGAGAGCGGGAGAUAGAACAGAAGCUCCGGGCAAAGGCUCUUGAGGAGGCGCAGCGGGCGAAGGAGAGGGAACAGCUGCUCGAGGCCACAAAGCGUGCAAAGGAGGCAGCGCUGAAAAAGAAGGAGGAGGAACAGCGAGACGCACUGCGAUACGGCCCCAAGAAGACCUAUCCAUCGUCGAGCCCGGCUGCGCGCGAGGAGGCCCGCCGCCGGCGCAUGCCCGACUCCGACGACGAGACCGGAGGGUCUGCGCUCACGCGGGAAGAGAAGCGGCAGAUGCGCCUCCAACGGGAGCUCAACUACGGGGCGAGCACCUCGCGGCGCUCGGCAGGCGGGUACAAGCGGACUGGGCGCCGUCUGGCGGGCGGGGCCGUCGACAUCGACGCCACAGCUGCGAAUGGCAGCGGCGGCGGGGGGCAGUACCGAUCGGUGAAGGAGCGGCUCGCACACGAGCCCCCAGGCCUGAUCAAGCUCAACGUCAACAAACGUGACACCCGCACGAUUGACGAGAUCUUGCAGGAUCGGGCCAAGGCGAAGAACAAGACCCUCGCCGGCGACGAGGCCAAGCACUUUGACGACUGGUUCGGCAAGUCCAAGUCCAAGGCUGACUCGACCAUCCCGCCGUCCCCGCCGUCGUCUAUCUUUUCCUCGCGCAGCAACUCUCCCGUCCCCGCUGCCGUUUCGGAGGGCAAGGCUGCAUCCAAUGCUGUCUCACGCUCGAGCAAGUCGCUGUCGGGCACACCCCCUGUGGCCACGCAAGCCUCGGCAGCCUCAUCCAAACCGUCGGUCCCAACCUACGCUUCGAAAGCGGUCACGCCUGCCCUUCCGAGCAAGGGAUCCGGAGUGCAGGUCAAGCCCGUCGGUGGUACUCGGCCAGCUGACAAGUCCAGCGCCAACGGCCUUUCUACUCCCAAGCCUGCCAACGGGAAAGUCACGGCCGUGAAAACCGGUGCAUCCUCGAGCAAAGCUGCCGCUGCCUCUUCGUGGGCCACUCGUGCAGGCGCAGCAGCGUCAAAGCAAGCUGGCCCCUCGUUUUCCAAGCUCGCUUCGUCCGGCGCACCGGUCAAGAAGCGUCCCCGCUCUCCCUCGCUCACUCCCUCGCCCCCGCCUCCGAAGCGACGUUCCGCUCCCCCGGCUGGCGGAAGCUCUAUCAGCGCAGAAAUCUGGAAGAUCUUCGGCAAGGACAGGAACGCAUACCUCGCGCGCGAUGUGUUUAGCGACGACGAGGACAUGGAGGCUGGUGCACACGACCUCGAGAGCGAAGAGUUAUAUAGUGCCAAGGUCGCUCGUCGUGAAGAUGAGCUUGCGCUGGAGGAAGAGAAGCGUCAUGAGGAAGAGAAGCGCAGAAGGAAGAAGGAGAAGGAGAUCAAAGAAAAGAGAGGUGGCAUCUAACGGCCCUGCUGACUUAUGUGUGCAUGAGCACCAGUUCACACGGUAUGUUCUACAUCCCAUGAGUCUUUUUAUUCUGUCUGUUCCAUACUUUCUGCUUGACACGACAUUGUCGUUGAUUUUGUGUGGUGUAUAUAUAUCCAUACCUAGCUUGCUCUGCUUGAUCCUGCGUCGUCUCUUCUCGACUCACACGAAGUCCCUACAAGACCCAUCUGUUGUAC